CCCCUCCGUCUCUCCCACUUCCUUUUUUUCAAUUCCCCGCUAUAUAUACACUGGCACGGCCGGCGCACCAGUCCACCAAGUAACAUUAACUCCUUAGUUGAGCUUGACACUCAAGCGCACAGGAGAAAAGGCUGAGGGCGAGUGAGCUUGAGACUCAAGAGAAGAGAGAAAGGAAGAAUGGGUGAGGAGGCCAGUUGCAACACCGUGAUGGAGGUCACCACCAAGGCAAAGGAGAACGGCCACGCCGUGCCCGUGCCCGUGCCCGUGCCGGACGAUGAUGCCAAGGCCAAGGCUGCAGACGCCGUGGCGGCGCCGGCGGAGACUACGACCGACCCCCGCCUGCAGGGCAUCUCCGACGCCAUCCGCGUCGUCCCGCACUUCCCCAAGCAAGGCAUUAUGUUCAACGACAUCACGACGCUGCUGCUGCGGCCCGGGGUGUUCAAGGACGCCGUGGACAUCUUCGUUGAGCGCUACCGCGGCAUGGGCAUCGCCGCCGUCGCCGGGAUUGAAGCGAGGGGAUUUAUAUUCGGACCGGCGAUUGCAUUAGCCAUCGGUGCCAAAUUCAUACCCUUGCGUAAGCCUAAGAAACUCCCAGGCGAGGUGAUUUCCGAGACCUAUGUUCUUGAGUACGGGACUGAUUGUUUGGAGAUGCAUGUCGGGGCCAUCGAACACGGUGAGCGUGUCUUGAUCGUGGAUGACUUGGUUGCAACGGGUGGGACGCUUUGUGCUGCUAUAAAUCUUCUUGAACGUGCUGGAGCUGAUGUCAUUGAAUGUGCUUGUCUCAUUGGGCUCCCUAAAUUUAAGGAUUUCUACAAGCUCAACGGAAAGCCGGUCUAUGUACUCGUGGAGUCCCUCGAAUAGGAAAAAUAAGAAAUCGACGGCCAGGAAUGCAACAUGGCUGCAAGUGAACGGUGGGCGGAUGUCGACGAAGCCUGCGGUACAUUAUUAAGGCGUAUUAGCUGCUGUCUUAGAGAGAGAGUGGGGGGAGGCUAGAGAGUGAGUGGUACUACGUGAAUGGAUCGAUGUAGUCUUCGUAGGCUGAGUAGUUUUUCCGAGAGUACUUGAAGAGCUUGUUGUUCUCGGGAAAAUGAUAUCAUUGGACGAAAACGCGAGUUCUGUGGUUCCAUUAUUUAUUAAUUAAUUAAUUGUGUGUGGUUGUGGGCA